AUGACAGGUGUCUGGACAAACCCUGCUGAAGCCCACGGGAGGACACGUGUCACGAUGUCUCAAACAGUUGGCCGCCGCCAACUUGAUCAGGGGCGAUGGACGGUCCUGAUCGCCGUCUGCUUGCUCCUAUCAACAACCCUGAUCACUGCCGCGGACGAUGAAUCGGACUCCAAGAACCCGCGCAAGCGUACGUUGCUAGCCACAGGAAACUCCUCCAUUCCAGCCCCUACGCCCUCCGCCCCCCCGGUCUGUACCGCGGACUGCGGCCAGGGCACGUGCGUACCGACCGGGACCGCUGCCGCCGACUACGUGUGCGCGUGCAUUCCGUCCGUUUCCGUCAAUUCCGUUCCGUCGGACCCCAAGAGCAAGUGCACUAUUCCGGCGACCAAUCCCUGUGCAACUGUGGACUGCGGGGUUGCCGGGCAGUGCGUCCGGAGCGCGAGCCUGACGGACUACACGUGUCAGUGCAUGGGCAAUGCGGUGCAGGCCAACCCCGGUGACCCCCACUCCAAGUGCUCCAAUAUUCCGUCCGCCUGCCAGGCCGGCAACCCCUGCGGAACCGGAACGUGCGGAACGGACGGAUCGGCAGCCGGGUUCAAUUGCAUGUGCCCUGCCGGAUCGACGCAGACCACCCCACAGAGCCCCUGCGUCACGCUGACGCCAGCCCCGACCGCCAACCCGUGCGUCGGCGUCAGCUGCAACAAGGGCGGCUGUGUCGUGGCCGGGGGAGCCGCGCGCUGCGUCUGUGACCCAGACGCCGUGCAGAGCAACCCGGCGCAGGCGACGUCACCGUGCGUCACCGCUCCUUCGGUGACCACGUCAGCCCCGGUCGCUACCCUCGCCCCCACCCCGACCAACCCAUGCACCGCCGGUACGUACCAGUGCCCGGCGAAUGCGGUCGGGUGUGUGCCAACCGGGCAGACGACCUACCUCUGCGCCUGCGCGGACGACUCUCGGGUGAAUGGCGCCGGGCAGAGCUGCCCAGUCACUCCUGCAGCCACGCCGAGCCCCCCGGCGCUAACGGCCGCGCCCCAAAACCCCUCAAACCCCACGCCCGCCCCCGCGAACCCGACGCCCGCGCCGACGACCCUGCCGCAGCAAGCGCAGCUGACCCAAACCCCGCCCGCGCCCGCAGCCGCGACGCCCGCGCCGACGAACGCGGGCGCAAACCUCCAAAACCCUGGGCAGAGUGCGGCGGGCGGUUCGGGAACGGUUAGCGGGGGUUCGGGUUCGGGUUUGGGUGACGAGGAAUCGAAGUCGAGCUCUGGGAGAGAUACGGGUAUUACAAUUGGUCUGAUCGCCCUCGCCGGCUGCCUCGCCGCCGUCGCCUUCGGGAUCAUGUUCUGGGCCUGCCGCAAGAAGACGUCAUCCGACAAGGAUGCUGACGUCACCUCCGCCAAGACGCCCCUCCACCCGCCGUCGAAGCUGACGUCAAACGUGCCGUCGGCCGCCCAGUACGCGGAGAACCUCCGGGCGCGUCCGACGUCGCCACGUGUCGUCCCGUACUUAUCGAACGGCGACGAUGCGGCGGCACAGGAGACGCCGACCGCGCGCGAGCUCCUGCGGCAGCCCAGCAGCGCGCGCAGCGUGCGGACGUCAUACUCGAAGCGAUGA